CACACACGAUUGAGCUAAUUACCCCUUAUUCCAUCAGGAUCGACGAAAGCAACACCAAAGGCCUAAGGCAAUUAUUGUAUUCGAGCGCGUCUUAACUCCGGACUCUUGUGUCUACUCUCCCUAAACUCUCUCCUUGGUUGCUAUCUUAUCUGAAGUGUAGUAUGUCGCGUCGCCCUGGUGGAAAUGCAGCAUUGGGGAAGAUCGGCGCUAAGUGGGACGAUGAAGUCGUGUCAGAUGUGUGCGCGUGGAUCACUAAGAUGACUGGUGACUCACUUGCUCAUGGGGAUCAAGACGAAUUUGCAAAGUCCCUUAAAACCGGUACCACACUAUGCAAGCUGGCGAACGCAAUACAACCAGGUGUCAUAAAGAAACCACAUCUGAAUCCAGGAAAGAUGGGCUUCAAGAUGAUGGAAAACAUAGGGUGGUUUGUUAACUUCAUCAAGUCCUACGGCGUCCAGGAGGAGUACAUCUUUGUGACGGUUGAUCUGUACGAGAAGAGGAAUGUAUGGGGGGUUGUACUGGCGCUUCGUGCCUUAAAAGAUAAGGUCGCCGAGAAGUCAGGAUAGGGACUGCCAUAUCCGCCAUAACAAAAUAAACACAAACUCUGUUUUUCUAAGCCAAAACAAAAUACUUAUAAUUCUACUUUCACUCCAUUAAGACACAAAUGUAGAAAAUAAAGGUCGAUGUGAAUAAAUAUUAAUAAAAAA